AUGUCCUUCGGGAUCUCGGAGUUGAUCAAGGAGGGCGUGGCCGGGUGGUUCAAGCUGUUGAACGAGGAAGAAGGCGAAUUCUACAACAUCCCAAUCCCCCCAGAAGACGAGGAGGAGUUCGAAAAGAUGCGUAAAAAGAUGGAGGACUGCAAUUCAAACCGAGAAAAGACGCCGCCGAAGCCGAGGGAUAUGACAAAGUCUCCAACCCUGAAGAGCGACGUCAUCAAGGCGGCCGAUUUCAACUUUAUUACCGUGUUGGGGAAGGGAUCUUUUGGAAAGGUGCUACUUGGCGAACACAAGACGUCUCGGGAACUGUUUGCUAUCAAAAUCUUGAAGAAGGAUGUGAUUAUUCAGGAUCGCCUCUACUUCGUGAUGGAGUUCGUCAACGGCGGCGAUUUGAUGUAUCAAAUCCAGCAGGUCGGCAAAUUCAAGGAGCCGGUUGCAUGUUUCUACGCCGCCGAAAUUGCCGUCGGCCUCUUCUUCCUCCACUCCAAGGGGAUCAUUUACCGAGAUUUGAAGCUCGACAACGUCAUGUUGGAACGGGAUGGACAUAUUAAGAUCACCGACUUUGGUAUGUGCAAAGAAGGAAUUACCGGUGACGCGACGACAAAGACCUUCUGCGGUACUCCAGAUUACAUUGCGCCUGAGAUCAUCCUCUACCAACCCUACGGGAAAUCGGUCGAUUGGUGGGCGUAUGGUGUCCUGCUCUUCGAGAUGCUGGCCGGACAACCGCCAUUUGACGGCGAGGACGAAGAUGAACUAUUCACAGCAAUCACUGAGCACAACGUCUCGUAUCCGAAGGCUCUUUCCAAGGAGUCGGUCUCGAUUUGCAAGGGAUUCUUGCAGAAGAACCCGGUCAAGCGGCUGGGAUGUGGUUCGAACGGGAAUAGGGAUAUUCAAGAACACGCCUUCUUCCGGCGGAUAGACUGGUUCAAGAUCGAGGCCCGUCAAGUCCAACCGCCCUUCAAGCCCAAAGUGAAAGCUCCCGAUGACGUCUCAAACUUCGACCCGGAAUUUACACACGAGGUGCCCCGGCUAACCCCAAUCGAUCGACUCUUCCUGAUGAACCUCGACCAGACCGAGUUCGAGGGCUUCUCCUUCGUCAACCCCGAAUAUGUACUUGAGCCA